AUAUCUGAGACAUGCCUAGUGCGCAAAAUAACACAAAGAGCUGAAGAAAACAAUAAGAAUUAUUGCAUUUUUGAGACAUUUCCAUGACGAGUCACUAAACAAUUGUCCAAUAAAAGUGCGUGGCAACUUCUUAAGACUGUUUUGAGCUUGAGGAAUGGUAUUUUAGUGCAAGAAUUAGUGAGAAAUUAUAGCGGAACUGUGAAUGAGUGCAAAGAUGACGUCCGUCGAGUCAAUUCCGCUGAAAAUGGCAGAAAUCUCCAUCAGAAAAUUCAAUGAGGACGCCAUUCCUGGCCACUUGGGCCUCCUGAGGAACCACAAGAGCCAGAUCGAGAAGAGCCUGGCGCUGCAAGACUGGGAGCGUGUGAAGAGAGAGGAAAUCAACGCGACGAGGGUGAUAAAGCAGUUGAAGAAUCUACUGCUUGAGAUGGAAAUCCUGCGGAACAAGAUUCACACUGAGGAGGUGCCAAAGUUUGAUGACUUGACUAACAGAUCCCGCCGCGAGGCGAUAGAGAGCAUCCAGGAGUUCGUGGAGCUGAAGCUCAAGUCGCCUGACAAGUCACGCAGUUCCAGCAAUCUCGAGGAUUUCGAUCCGGACGUGCUGGAGCCUGAUCUGCCACAGCUGGAGUCUGAGUUCAAGCUGCCCGAACACCAGCUGAAGGCGCGGGAAGCGUGCCUGAUAGAGUACGAGAAUCUGCACAGGGAAGUGCAGGACAUUCACGAGUUGUUCCACAAGUUCAGCGAAAACGUCCAGGAGCAGGCGGAGAGCGUGACUCUGGUGGAGAGUAGCGUCUCCGAGACGGCUGAGAAUGUGGUGCACGGCGAGCAGAAUCUCCGGACGGCGCUGAAGUACAAGAAGGCCAUGUAUCCAGUGUGCGGGGCGCUUCUGGGCACCUGCAUUGGCGGCCCGAUUGGCUUCUUCGCCGGACUGAAAGCCGGAGGCUUGGCAGCCGUGGGUUGCGGCAUCCUGGGAUUCACUGGAGGCGAGAUUCUGAAGCGGAAGGAGCAGGAGGGCGUGGAGGUGGCUCCGGAGGCCACAGAGAGCGACAAAACGAAAUGACACUCAUGCGAUGUUCAGUAGUCCCGAAGUCGCCUUGUCCUACCUAAAGUCAUUAGCAGAUUGUGUCUAUUUUAGGAAGCUUGCCCAGUGUUUUCCCGUUGAAAGAGAUUAUAAAAAUGUCGAUAGCUUUAAAUGAAAUGUUCCAA